AGUCACAUUUGCAUCAAGUGGAUACAAAUUGAACGUUCUGUGCUGCGUCACUACAUUCCACUUUUAGGAGAUCUCUCCAAACUAAUCAUGCCGGAACCAUCCGUCAAAGCGCCCAAGAAGGGCUCCAAGAAAGCCGUCUCUAAGGCCGUCAGCAAGACCGGCAAGAAGAAGAGAAAGACCAGGAAGGAGAGCUACGCCAUCUACGUGUACAAGGUGCUGAAGCAGGUCCACCCCGACACCGGCAUCUCCUCCAAGGCCAUGGGCAUCAUGAACUCGUUUGUGAGCGACAUCUUUGAGCGCAUCGCCGGCGAGGCCUCCCGUCUGGCUCACUACAACAAGCGCUCCACCAUCACUUCCAGGGAGAUCCAGACCGCCGUGAGGCUGCUGCUGCCCGGGGAGCUGGCCAAGCACGCCGUGUCUGAGGGCACCAAGGCCGUCACCAAGUACACCAGCUCCAAGUAAACCUGCUGGGACACCAACAACACAACGGCUAUUUUAAGAGCCACCCAC